GGCCCAUGCGACCGACGGUGAAGUCUCCAGGGGUUGCAAACACCAGUAUAUUAGACCCUCAGUCAGCUUCCGUUUCACCGAGUGAUCAUGCAGGUCGCGGGCAUGAUGAUUUGGAUGAUAUCUUCCAUAGCUCACAGACACAGGCUCCAGGUGCAGACAACGCCCGUGGAGGAUCCAGCAUUGACUUUCUGGAAGGCUUUGGGUCAGCUACUCACAAACCUUCUGGUGGAAGCGACCCAUUCGAUGUUUUCAACUCUGCGCCACAAAAGCAACGAGUGCCACUAGCAGCAGGAUCUGAUGAUCUACUUGGAGGCUUUGAGGGCACGCUUGGUGUGGAGGAUCACAGCUCACCCAGAGAGCCAGUCAAGUCCACUCCAUCCGCACGUGUCACACCUGCCAACAAUGAACAGGAGGAUGAGGAGGAUGAAUUUAACAUCUUUGCUCCAACACCUUCGCCAAGCACAAAGGCCGCUUCUGUUACAAAGCAGGAUCGGUCGUCUGUCUUCCCGCCAGAACAUACCCAACACAGCCCUGAUCGCCCAGAAGCUGAAGUGCGCGAUUCCAGGGGAGAGGAUGAGAUGCCUGCUCCAGGUCACAAAAGUAGGAUGCCAAGCACCGGAGAUCUUGAGGAUCUUGCGUCAAGAGGCCGCCCUUAUGCUGAAUACAGCAGGCGCACUGCCGAAAGGGACAGGCCUACUGCUGCAGAAGAGAGCAGUGAAGCAGGCAGGAUGCCACAGAGGGCAACGCCUUCAAGGUUCCCCAGAGACAGGGACGAAAGGCCUGAAACGGCUUCUCAAUGGCAGAGCCAGGAUGAGGGCACGAGUAAUUGGCAGGCUGUGGGGGCUGGUGGGAAGGACAGCGCCAAGGAAUGGUUGGACAAAGGCCAGAAGUGGCUUUUCACCGCCGGCAAAAAGGUAGCAGCUGCCGCCAAAGAAGCCUCCAGCACCAUCCAGAACAAGCUAGACGAGAUGGAAGUCUUCAAGGCCUCAGGCAAGGGGCCGCGGACAUGGAGUCCAGACGACGAUGACAUGAUGCCGGAGUACUACAGGCAAUGGGCGUCCACCAUCGAGCGGCUGGCGCCGGAGGAGCAAGCGCGCACGCUGGGUGCCAUGAGCGAGGACGACCGCCUCGUUGUGCAGCGCAUCAUCGACCAGUCCUCCGUCCGCCGCUCCACCGCCAAGCGCGCCUCCCCGCCCCCCCGCACCCCCGCGCAGCCGCACCGCAGCGGCGGCUCCGAGACGGCCCCCGUCGCGGUACCGAGACAGGCCCCGCCGCGGCCGCCGCAGCGCACGCGCAGCGCCGAGACGCUGCCGCAGCCGUCCCCGGCCGGCCGCGCGGCGUCCGGCGGCUUGGAGCGGCCGCAGCGCAGCUCCAGCUACAACCUGGGCACGGCCUCCAAUGCUGCUGACGACGACACUCCCCUGAGCGGGAGCGCGGCUGCAUCCCCGGACAGGGCGGCGCCUGUGGGAACGCCCUCUCGGCCGCCUGCGCGAGGCAGCCCCUCACCCCAGCGGCCGGCCCCCGCCGCGCAGAAGCAGGCCGACCUGCUGGGGCUGUUUGGGGGCGAGGCGCAGCAGGAAGAGGUUUCCUCGCUUUCGCCCCAGCCUGCAGCCAGCAGCAGAGCAGGUAGCGCCGGUGACCUCUUCGACAUGAGCGAUAUCGACAGCAGCCCUGCACAGCACAGCAGUGCGGCACAGAGGGAUGACGUGGACAUCUUGGGCAUAUUUGCCUCUGCGGCGCCGGCAGCCGCCUGUGCCGAGCCCAAGGCAGCGCAGAGCCAGGCUGCCAGCACGCCUGCAAAAGCGAGCAAGCCGGCAGCCAGCGGACUGGACGAGCUGUUCGGAGCGCACAAGGCGGGGGCUUCCAUGAUCGACUUUGGUGACGAGGCAUCCGACAUCAGUGCUGCCUCGGCCGUGAAGUUCACAGCCCCUGGCGAUGUCGAAGUGGAAGGCGAGCCAGAGAUUCGGAGGCAGGCGCGCGCCAGGCGCAUGGCGGAGAAGCAGGCGCAGAUUCAGGCUGCGCUUGCGGAGAAACAGGCGCGGGACAGCGCAGAGGCGUCCGAGAAGGAGCGCAAGGUGCAGCUGCGUGAGCAAUACAAGGAGCGCAUGCACGCCUGGCAGCAGGGCAAGGAUGGAAACAUCCGGGCGCUGCUGGCGAGCCUGGACACGGUGCUGUGGGAGAACAGCGGCUGGAAGAAGCCGCCCAUGACAGACCUGCUGGAGCCGGCGCGCGUCAAGCGGGCAUACAUGAAGGCCAACCUGGUGAUCCACCCCGACAAGGUCAAGCAGAAGGGGGGCACCGUGGAGCAGAUAGUCAUCGCUGACAUCGCCUUUGACGCCCUCAAGAACGCCUGGGGCAAGUUCGAGGCGGCUGAGAUGCGCUGAAUUGCGGCGCACGCGGUUUGGCUUGGCCUCCAUGCGCUGUGUGCCUGCUGAAUGUUAAGCCAGGUUGUGAGAGUCCGCCCAUCAGCAGCUGUAGGGUGCAUGUGCUCGGUAAUCAUUAGAAUUGUGCACACGUGUCGCUGAAAAAUCACAGUGCUUGUGAGUAGGAUUCUAAGCAACGACUAUCUGUGCUGGCCUUGGGUCUGCAUGCAUUCACAGUGUGAUGAACUUGGCGAAACACGAUGGGAUGGCACAACAUUUCUGUAAUGGUGACAAAGUC